UUUGCAUUUUAUCUUGUUGAGCAAUGGAGGGAGUGUUGCUUCCUGUGUGUCCUUCACCUUCUUCCUCUGCAACUCUUAAACCCAAAAUCUCCGUUCCCCAACGCUCUUCUUUUCCUUCGUCACUACCAACGCACUGUUCCUUCCCUCAAAACGCAGCGUUUUCCCUUCGUAACACUCUCCGGAGUUCCUCCUCCGCACUCGCCCAACACGAAGCUCCGGUUCUGGGAAAACCCGACAACAACUCCCUACCUGCUCUGCCCAAAAUCGACAAGACUGGGCGCUUCUGCAGCCCCAGAGCCGCCAGAGAACUCGCACUCUCCAUAAUUUAUGCCGCGUGUUUGGAGGGGAUGGACCCGGUUCGGCUUUUCGAGAAACGGAUGAAUGCGCGGCGAGAGGCCGGAUAUGAAUUUGACAAGAAAAAGUUGUUGGAGUAUAAUCAUAUGAGUUUUGGAGGGCCACCUGUUACUGUUGAAUCGGAUGAAGAAGCAAAUGAGCUUCUGCGGCACAUUGAAGAAGAGUCUGCCAUUGAGGCUGAAGUCCUUACAGCUCCACCAAGGCUGGUAUAUAACAACCUGAUUUUGAGAUUCACUAGGAAACUAUUGGUUGCAGUCAGGGAUACGUGGGACAAUCAUGUCCUGGUUAUUAACAAGAUCGUCCCUGAAAAUUGGAAGAACGAACCAGCAGGAAAAAUUUUAGAGCUUUGUAUUCUUCACUUGGCCAUGUCCGAAAUGGCAGUGCUAGAAACAAGACACCAAAUCGUCAUUAAUGAGGCUGUUGAUCUUGCUAAACGGUUUUGUGAUGGAGCAGCCCCUCGCAUUGUUAAUGGCUGUCUCCGUACAUUUUUCCGAGAACUGGAGCUUCAGGAAUCAAAUAACCGAGUUUAGUUGUCUUUGGCUUGUGGAAAAGGUUUACGUGCAUUUCAGGAAUAUCAAGUUUCGUAGCUUGCAUAUAGAACGCUACCCCAAGUCUGAAACAUUGAAAUAGUUAUAGUGUAUAUGCUAUUUUUAUUUACGUUAGCACGUGAGAUUUGUAAUAAAUUUUUGACUAAAAUGUUAUUCUUGUUACUUAAUAGUUUUGCUUUGCUGUAUUACGUGUUCAAA